GCAUGAACGUCAAAAUAUAAAAAAAAUAAGUUCAAUAAUUGAAUAUAUUACUAUAAUAUUUUAUAGUUAACGCCGCAAAAAUGAACCAAAAUCCUUUGCAAUACAAAUUAUAACUAUUUUUAUAAAAUCUUACAAAUUGGGCGAGUGAACAUUAUUAAAAUUAAAUUUGAAAUUAUUACUGAACUAGAGUAUUAGACACUAAACAAUGUCAGAGAAACCGCUGAUAGAAAAAGUCAUUCUGAGUUCUGGAACAAAAUCUGCAACAUUUAAAGAAGGCACAAAGGUAACAUUCCAUUAUGAAACCAAGAAAGUUGGGUGUGAUAAGGUGAUUGAUGACAGUAGAAAAGUGAAUGGAGGUAAACCUAUGGAAUUAGUACUUGGAAAAAAAUUUAAAUUAGAGGUCUGGGAAGCAAUUAUUCAAAAAAUGGCAAUUAAUGAAGUGGCUCGAUUUACUGUUGAUAAAAGUUUAGUUAAUCAAUAUCCUUUUAUUUCUCGUACAAUUCGAGAUGCUGGUAAAGCACCAGAGGAGAGAAGUCCACAUUGUUGUGCAAUGACUGUUCAAAAUACAGGCGUUGGUUAUGAUGAUUUAAAUGAAUUAUUACAUCAUCCUACUGAUUUACAGUUUACCAUAGAACUAAUAAAAGUUGAGAACCCUGAUGACUAUGAACGAGACACUUGGCAAUUAUCAGAGGAUGAAAAGAUUAAAUCUGUGGCAGUAUUAAAAGAAAAAGGAAAUUCAUUAUAUCAAGAAAAGAAGAUAGAAGAGGCUUGUGCCCAAUAUGCUAAAGCAAUUGGAAUAUUAGAACAACUCAUGUUGAAGGAGAAACCCAGGGACACUGAAUGGUUAGCAUUGCGGGAAAUGAAGCUUCCAAUUCUAUUAAAUUAUGCACAAUGCAAAUUAUUACAAGAAGAUUAUUAUGAAGUAAUACAACAUUGUAAUGAAGUUUUAGAAGCACAACCCACCAAUGUUAAAGCACUAUUUCGAAGAGCUAGGGCUCUACUUGAAGUUUGGGAACCUGAAGAAGCAAAAUCUGAUUUCAUCAAAAGUGCACAACUAGAUCCCGGAUUGCAAUCUAUAGCACUAAAGUAUUGUAAAGAAAUAGAUCAGCUGAAAAAACAAAAAGAUGAAGAAGACAAAAUUAAACUUCAGAAGCUAUUUUAAUGUACAAUAAAUUUAUAGCUAAUGGUAUGUACAAAAAUUAUUUUAAUAAUUGUAAUAGAAAAAAUUAAAUAUAGUGAUGCAAUGUAA